CACAACAGUACGAACAGACGUGCGGUAAACAGUUGGCAGUAUCAUGGCUGAGAAAAAUGGGAGACUGUAGGUGAGAAAGAGAGACGGAGGGAGAAAAAUCAAGCUGCUGCAGUAUCCCUACACUGUUGAGCCUUGGACUGCGUGACUGACUGGUGUGUGGCGAGAGAGAGAGAGAAGAAGGGAGGGGGGAUGGGAAGGAUCUCGCUUGGAUGAGGAGCAAGCAGUCAGGCAGGCAGCAGCAUCAUCUCUUUUGUGGCGAGCUGCUGAGGGAACUGGCCGCCUAGAGCCGUGUAGGGUGCUAACUCCUCGCAGGCGCGCACAGCGCCACCGCCUCUCCCGCACUGGCCGCCGCAGGGACAGCCUCUUUCACAGGCGUAGCACCGCUUGUUGCAGCGGCACCAUGGCGCAAGCCGCUAAGCAGAUCCGCAAGAACAAGGACCUACAGGAGCUCGCAGCCCAAGAGCUGCGAGAGAAGGAGGAGGAGAAGAUCAAGAAGAGGAACCGAUCGAGAGACCGCAGACGCAAGGCUCAUGUGGUUCAGCGCUGGCUUGUGCAUCAGGACAGUAGUUUGAGUGGAGAGGGUUCGUCGGAGGCUCAAGGUGGAAAAUGGCACUUUGAUGGAAGAGCGGAUACAACAACCAGUUUUCUCCGUGCUGCACGCUCAGGUAAUCUGGAAAAAGCUCUGGACCAUAUCAAAAAUGGAAUAAACAUCAACAUAGCGAAUCAGAAUGGGCUUAACGGGUUGCACUUGGCCUCCAAAGAAGGCCAUGUUAAGAUGGUGCUGGAGCUGCUGCACAAUGGCAUUGACUUGGAGACUACCACAAAGAAAGGGAAUACUGCCCUUCAUAUUGCUGCUCUGGCCGGCCAAGAGAAAGUGGUUGCAGAACUGAUAAAUUAUGGUGCCAACGUCAAUGCCCAGUCUCAGAAAGGUUUCAGUCCCCUGUACAUGGCAGCACAGGAGAACCACUUGGAAGUGGUGAAAUAUCUACUUGAACAUGGAGCCAAUCAGAGCCUUCCAACAGAGGAUGGCUUUACUCCUUUGGCGGUAGCUCUUCAGCAGGGUCAUGAGAAUGUGGUGGCCCUCCUGAUAAACUAUGGCACCAAAGGCAAAGUGCGUCUUCCGGCCCUGCACAUUGCGGCACGCAAUGACGACACACGCACUGCUGCCGUACUGCUGCAGAACGACCCAAACCCAGACGUCCUCAGCAAAACCGGCUUUACUCCCCUCCACAUCGCAGCCCAUUAUGAGAAUCUCAGUGUAGCACAGCUUUUGUUAAACAGAGGAGCCAACGUGAACUUCACGCCGAAGAAUGGCAUCACUCCAUUACAUAUCGCUUCCAGGAGGGGGAAUGUGAUUAUGGUGCGGCUUCUGUUGGACAGAGGAGCUCAGAUAGAUGCCAAGACUAAGGAUGAGCUGACGCCGCUGCAUUGUGCAGCCAGGAACGGUCAUGUACGUGUGGUUGAGAUCCUGCUAGACCAGGGCGCUCCUAUUCAGGCCAAGACCAAGAACGGUCUAUCUCCCAUCCACAUGGCAGCACAGGGCGAUCACAUGGACUGCGUGAGGCAGCUGCUGCAAUACAACGCAGAGAUCGAUGACAUCACCCUCGACCACCUGACCCCGCUGCAUGUUGCAGCACACUGUGGGCACCACCGCAUGGUCAAGGUGCUGUUGGAUAAGGGGGCAAAAGCUAAUGCCCGCGCUCUGAAUGGAUUCACUCCAUUGCACAUUGCCUGCAAGAAGAACCACAUGCGGUCCAUGGACCUGCUGCUGAAGCACUCAGCAUCUCUGGAGGCCGUGACUGAGUCGGGUCUGACCCCACUUCAUGUGGCUGCGUUCAUGGGGCAUCUCAACAUAGUGAAGAGUCUUCUUCAGAGAGGAGCUUCACCCAAUGCUUCUAAUGUGAAAGUGGAGACCCCUUUGCACAUGGCUGCCAGAGCGGGGCACUGUGAGGUGGCUCAGUUCCUGCUACAGAACAAUGCGCAGGUGGAUGCCAAAGCGAAGGAUGAUCAAACCCCCUUGCACUGUGCCGCUCGAAUGGGACAUAAGGAGUUGGUGAAGCUGCUCUUGGAACAUAAGGCCAAUCCAGACUCGGCCACCACGGCAGGCCACACUCCUUUGCACAUCGCUGCCCGCGAGGGACACGCCCAAACCACACGCAUCCUGCUCGACGGGAAUGCCCAACAAACCAAAAUGACCAAGAAAGGAUUUACUCCUCUACAUGUAGCAUGUAAAUAUGGGAAAGUGGAUGUGGCGGAGCUUCUUUUGGAAAGAGGGGCCAAUCCAAAUGCAGCCGGAAAGAAUGGCUUGACCCCUCUGCACGUGGCCGUCCAUCACAACAACCUUGAUGUAGUCAAGCUGCUGGUCAGCAAGGGCGGCUCUCCGCACAGCACGGCGAGAAACGGCUACACGGCCCUGCAUAUCGCAGCCAAACAGAACCAACUAGAGGUGGCGAGCAGUCUUCUGCAGUAUGGAGCUAAUGCCAACGCAGAGUCACUACAGGGCAUCACCCCGCUUCACCUGGCGUCACAGGAGGGGCAACCUGACAUGGUGGCACUGCUCAUUUCCAAGCAGGCCAAUGUGAACCUGGGCAAUAAGAAUGGGCUGACACCUCUGCACCUGGUUGCUCAGGAAGGGCAUGUGGGCAUUGCAGACAUGCUGGUGAAGCAGGGUGCUUCAGUCUAUGCAGCCUCAAGGAUGGGCUACACACCAUUACAUGUGGCGUGCCACUAUGGGAACAUAAAGAUGGUGAAGUUCUUACUUCAGCAGCAAGCACAUGUUAACAGCAAGACCAGGUUGGGAUACACUCCUUUACAUCAAGCAGCCCAGCAGGGUCAUACAGACAUCGUCACCCUGCUGCUGAAACAUGGAGCCCUGCCCAAUGAGAUCACCACUAAUGGGACGUCACCCCUGGGUAUCGCUAAGCGGCUAGGCUACAUCUCUGUCAUUGAUGUGCUCAAACUGGUGACUGAGGAAUCUGUAUCUGUGAUCACCACUGAGAAGCAUCGCAUGAGUUUCCCUGAGACGGUGGAUGAAAUACUGGAUGUGUCGGAAGAUGAAGGAGUUGCUCAGCUAACAUUAGGUGAUGAACUUCUCGGGAUGGAUGGGGCUCGCUAUUUGAAGCUGGAUGACCUAAAAGACCAGGAUGAUGAUUUUCUGUCCCCCAAGAAAACCCUGAGAGAUUUUGAGAGUGGGAUGGGCACGACACCUUACUCACCCGCAAUUCCCAGAAUUCCAUGCGUGUCACCUGAAACUGUCAUGUUGGACCAGCACACACCUGUCCCUUUGCCAAAGGAGUAUGACGAGGACUCUCUAAUCCCCAGUAGUCCAGCCACAGAGACCUCAGACAACGUUAGCCCAGUGGCCAGCCCCAUCCACACUGGGUUUCUGGUCAGCUUCAUGGUGGAUGCGAGAGGUGGGUCCAUGCGGGGCAGCAGGCAUAAUGGUCUGCGUGUGAUCAUCCCGCCACGCACCUGCGCCGCCCCCACACGCAUUACCUGCCGUCUGGUCAAACCACAGAAACUCACCACCCCACCUCCUCUAGUGGAGGGAGAGGGACUCGCAUCUCGUAUUAUCUCUCUAGGGCCUUCCAGUAUGCAGUUUCUGGGGCCAGUGAUAGUGGAGAUCCCUCAUUUUGCGUCCUUGAGCCGAGGUGAUCGGGAACUAGUGGUUCUGCGAAGUGAGAAUGGCUCCGUAUGGAAAGAACAUCGGAAUCGCUAUGGCGAUGAUGUUCUAGAGACCAUCCUCAAUGGAAUGGAUGAAGAUCUGGAAAGUCAGGAGGAGCUGGAGAAGAAAAGAAUCCGACGCAUAAUCUCCACAGACUUUCCUCUUUACUUUGCUGUGGUGUCACGUGUCCAACAGGAGAGUGAUCUUAUUGGCCCAGAGGGAGGUCAGCUGAUAAGUAAGCUGGUGCCCCAGGUCCAGGCCAUUUUCCCCGACACGGCGGUCACGAAGAGGGUCCGACUUGGCCUACAGGCCCAGCCAAUCCCUGAUGAGCUGCUGACUCGGCAAUUAGGAAACCAGGCCACAUUCAGUCCCGUUGUGACAGUAGAGCCUCGUCGGCGCAAAUUCCACCGACCAAUUGGGCUGCGUAUCCCUUUACCUCCAUCUUGGAGGGAGAGUGUACGCGAUGCCGGCGAAGGAGACACCACUAGCCUCCGCCUCCUCUGCAGUGUUAUUGGUGGCACUGCUCCCGCUCAGUGGGAAGACAUCACUGGCACUACCAAGCUCAUGUAUUCCCACAACUGUGCCAACUUCACCACCAAUGUAUCAGCAAGGUUCUGGCUGGCGGACUGUCCCCGAACGGCAGAGGCCGUGACCUUCGCCAACCUGCUGUACCGUGAGCUGAUGUCAGUUCCAUACAUGGCCAAAUUUGUUGUAUUUGCUAAGAUGAACGAUGCCAGAGAGGGCCGCCUGCGCUGUUACUGCAUGACUGAUGACAAAAUAGACAAAACCCUUGAGUUGCACGAGAACUUCUCCGAGGUGGCCCGCAGCAGGGACAUUGAGGUGAUGGAGGGGAUGCCGCUGCACUUAGAAUGUUCUGGUAACCUGGUGCCCGUGAGGAAAGCCACCCAGCAGCCUCGUAGCUUCAGUUUCCAGGCCUUCAGAGACAACCGGCUACCUGUCUCUGUAAAGGUGAGAGACGGCAAUAAGGAAGCCACCGGGUUCCUGUCCUUCCUGCGCAAGUCAACCAAGUACGAGGACACGCAGCACGUGCUGUGCAACCUCAACAUCACCAUGCCUCCCUGCGUCAAGGUGGUGGGUAGUGAUGAGCGGCGGAGAACAUUGACCCCUCUUGCCCUAAGAGAGAGGUACAGCGCCCUGAACGAGCCUGGCCUGGCCACUGUAAAUGCCAUGGAGAGAACCGAGCUAAAGAUCGCAGUAAUAGCAGAACAGCUGGGACUGAGCUGGACUGAGCUGGCAAGGGAACUGCAGUUCAGUGUGGAUGACAUUAACCGGAUCAGAGUGGAGAAUCCCAACUCUCUCUUGGACCAGAGUUCAGCUCUGCUCAACCUGUGGGUUAGCCGAGAGGGCAAGAAGGCCAAGAUGGAGAACCUUUAUGGAGCUUUGAAGAACAUUGACCGCGCAGAUAUUGUGAAGUCUCUGGAGGCUCAGGCUCCACAGGUGCUUCCCGAGGCUGUGGAGGAAGGAGCCUGCAGACUAGCUGACUCCACUCUGCUUUCCCCUAGUGUCCUCAAUGGUUACGGGCUGGUGCAGGAGGAGCUGCUUUCCCCCGCUUCUAUGCAGUACAGCCUUCCCUCCCCGCUGGGCGCUGAGCCCUACUGGCAGGAGGUGUCAAGCCUGGAGUGCGCGCCCAUCGCCACCACUGAGGAGGACACCAUGAUGGAGAUGUCGGACGUGCAGGUGUGGCCGGCAGGGGUCAGUCCGUCCCUGGUGACCGUCGAGGACUCUUCCCUGGAUGGCAGCAGCCGCGCAGACGACUCGGAAGCCAACACGUUGAGCCUGCCCUGCAGCAGUUUGGGGAGGCCCAGCAGCGGAGCCAGCGCGGCCAGCGGCUCCAUCAUGGAGCUGGAGGAAGAAGAGGAGGAAGAGGAGCUCGAGGAAGACGACAUACAGCAUGAGCCAGUGUCCGCAAGUGCGGAAAAGGCAUGGGCUAGCGGCGCCGUCCCAAAGGCCAACUACAACGGGCAGGCUGGAGGUCAGAGGUCGGAGGGCAAGAGGACAGAGUUGGCGGCAGCGGGCGGCAGUGUGAUGGGUUUAACUAGAGGAGGAGGAAAGGGUGGAAAAGGGGCAAGUUCAGAGGAAAAGUUUUCUGUUCUUACAGGGCAACAGCUCUACGCUCAGUUAUGCGAGAGAACUGGACUGACCCGAGCACUAGAACACAACGGGGACAGGCUCGGUGCCGGCGCCUUCCAGCCUUACUCACAGGAGAAAGACUCCCUCCACAGCUGGUCUCAACCCAAAGCCAGGCCGACCAUGGAGGCCAUGAUGUCAUCGUCCCAGGACCACAAUCAGUCGCGUGUAGCACAGGAGGCACUGCUUACACCGGUAUGUGAUACAGGCCAUUCGGAGGUCCUGCGGGGGCGUCUGCUGGGCACUCAGCCCUUUGAUAAAGGGCUGGGCUUCUCCCAUCAGGAGGGGGAAUUACGGGCAUGGGACCAGGACAGACGGAAGGCACAGAAGGAUGAUCCGAUAGAUCUCACCAGCGAUCACCUACAUGAAGAGCAGUUCACUGAUGAGCAUGGGAAUGUCGCGACCAAGUUGGGUGUGGAUGUGAAGCGGGAUGUCCAGACUGUGAAGCGCUCCAGUCUGCGGAGAGUAAAGCACUGAAAUAAACACAAACUGUCCUGAAGGUACGGGACAGGAAAAAUAAUUGGUGCAUAAGGAUCAACUUAAAACACAUGGGGCGAGCUAGCUUUGCUAAACUUGAAUGAUACAGCCAUCAGUUUUAUGUUUUAGCUAGAGUGACUUUGCUUCAGGAGCUAUUUGUUCAUGAAGGAUUGCUCUUCCAGGGUUGAACAUCCACUGCCAAAUCAUCCUUCACCUACACACGACUGGACAGAACGAAACAUGGAGCGAUGGGAAAAAAAAAAAAAAAAACACGCAGAGAAAGAACAACACAUCGCACCCAAAUCCUACAGUCAAGCAACCAUGGAGUGUCACAAGAAAACUAGGACGAGGACUUCUCUACCUGUAGUUUUGUAACAUUUUUAACAAAGAAGAUAAAAACAUACAACUAGCAUAGGGCAUGAACUUUUUAUACAAAAUGUGAAGAAAACCACCAAAAAAAGCAACAAAAAGUGCUUCCUGUCAACUGUAAACGCAUGACUGACUGCUGGUGCAUGACCUAUGAGCUGUCAUUAUCUAAAAAACUGAAGGGGUACAAGGUAAAGGGCCGUUCCAGGACUGGCAGUGGGGAGGGGAAACCUUUGGACCUUUUGAUCUUGAAAAUGAGAGACUCUUGAAACAGGGGUCUUGGGAAUACAACAGCCCAAAAAAAAGCAACAGUUCUUUAUUUUGUCAAACAGAUUGUCAUUACACAGCAGCAUAGUAGAUGCUAAGCCCGUCACGUCAUUUCCCACAGGCCCUUUAUCCUGUUAUUCAAUGUGAUAUAUGCACUCUAAUGCUAUGUGAAUGUGCGUCGGUGUGUGUGCGUGUGUGUCGGUAUCUAACGCAUGUGUACUCGCUUCUGGCUUGGUACUGAGCUUUUUUUUCCUGGAUCGGUCGAGCUCAUUUGGUGUUUGCCAUGGGAAUGACAACAAGCCACUGUGCUCUCCUGCUCGUGAGCGUCCGCGUGCGUUUAUUUCCACUUUGUUAAGCGUAUCCGUGUUCCUUUGAACUGUCAGCCACCUUUUGCUUUUAUAUCUCUUGUUUUGAAUUUAAAGGCCCCCUCCUUUCAAAUCCGAACCGAUUAGUUUGCUGGAGGUUGCGUAGCUUUGUACAUACAACACCCAAAUGGCAACCUAUGGAGGGCACGUACUUUCUCUGUCUGACAGUUCACAAACUUAAAGGGUUAGUUCACCCAAAAAUGAAAAUUCUGUCAUUUAUUACUUACUCUCAUGUCGUUCCACACCCGUAAGACCUUCAUUCAUCUUCCGAACACAAAUUAAGAUAUUUUUGAUAAAAUCCGAUCAGUGAGGCCUCCACUGACAGCAAGAUAAUUAACACUUUCAGAUGCCCAGAAAGCUAAUAUUUAAAACAGUUCAUGUGACUACAAUGGUUCAACCUUAAUGUUAUGAAGUGAUGAGAAUACUUUUUGUGCUCCAAAAAAACUAAAUAACUUUAUUCAACAAUAUCUAGUGAUGGGCGAUUUCAAAACACUGCUUCAUGAAGCUUCGAAGCUAUAUGUUUCGAAUCAGUGGUUCAGAGUGUGUAUCAAACUGCAAAAGUCACAUGAUUUCAAUAAAUGAGGCUUCGUUACGUCAUAAGGGUUUCGAAACGUUUUGAAAUUUCAGUGGUUCAUGUGACUGGCAGUUUGAUACACGCUCCGAACCACUGAUUCGAAACAGAAGAUUUGUAAAGCUUCGAAGCUUCAUGAAGCAGUGUUUUGAAAUCGCCCAUCACUAGAUAUUGUUGAAUAAAGUUAUUUAGUUUUUUUGGAGCACAAAAAGUAUUCUCAUCACUUCAUAACAUUAAGGUUGUAGUCACCUGAACUGUUUUAAAUAUGUAUUUAGUAGCUUUCUGGGCAUCUGUGUUAAUUAUCAUGCUGGCAAUGGAGGCCUCAUUGAGCCAUCAGAUUUUAUCAAAAAUAUCCUUAUUUGUGUUCCGAAGAUGAACCGAAGGUCUUACGGGUGUGGAACGACAUGAGGGUGAGUAAUUAAUGACAGAAAUUUCAUUUUUGGGUGAACUAACCCUUUUAACCUCUGACCUACCGAACAUCCAUUCACCCACAUUUGUAGCUCAGCUGUUCGACUAAAACCGUCACGUCGGAUCAUUUCCAGAGACUAAUGUAGCAUUGCAUGCUGGUUAACACCACUUUUCAUGCUGUUCUCUUGGGCCUGCACUCGGCCCGGACAUUUUUAUUGAUUUUAUAUUAUUAAUCAAGCUGUGCUGGUGAAAAAAAAAAAAAAAAAAAAAAAAACGAUUGUAGCUGUGACGUGUGGGGCUUGGGGACUAUCUCUGAGUAACUGCCUUUGUAAUGUUUGGGAUUUCAGAUGGAGUUACGUGACAAGGAAGCGUUUUAAACUUUGAUGAUGCUCUUUGAUUAUUCUUUUUGUUUGUUUUUUUGUUUUGUUUUUUCAUUUAGAUGUACAGUUAAAAAUAGACCGAUAAAUAUACAGACAGCACUGUGAAAGUCCACCUUAAAAUUGACCCCUGAACUGUGAACUCACAACUGUCUGUCUCACUUUUACCUGUAACAACUCAUACCAACAAGGUUUUAUGGUAACUAUGGGAAGCUUAAAGUACUUUUAUCGCAACUUUGUGUGACCGAAUCCCUAUUGACGUCAUUCGCAUGUGUAUUUUUAUCGUUAUUCUUUUUUUGUUUUACUACGAAAGAGCCCAAACAUACACAAAAACUCUUGAAGUAUAGUCCUACCAAAGCAAUAAUAUCAAACGUGCUGCAACAGUUGGAAUACUGCGUUGUUGUUGGUGCGCGUGCGUGUGUUUUUCAGUCUACGAACGCUUGUGUGUUCAGUGUAUACUGUAUUAACCUGACAUUUUAGUAGCAUUUGUAAGACGUAUACGAUUCAAGAGAUAUAACAGCAUGCAGAGUAUCUCACACCGUAUGCAAUUACGUGAUCUACAUGCCAACUCUAGUUCACUGAACGGUAGCUGUGUUUCACUUUAAUGGACAAGGUUUCUUUGAACGGCUAGCAAGCAUAAUGAAAUCAGGUACGGUGCUCAGCAUUUAAUCACAGCACAGUAGCUUACAUAGUCACGAGCACACCGUGAUAAACUGACUCGCGCGUUCAUGUAGUUUAAUUCGAUGGAUGUCAGUGAGUGAAUGAGUGAAUGAAUGAAUUUAUCCUCCAAACUAAAGUAAAUAUUUAUGGAAUGCAUGGACAAUUGGACGAAUGACAAUGAUUGUACUUUCAUAUUUAAGAAAAGUGUUUAAUCAGAUCAUAGUGUUUUUGUUUAGUCAAUGAAAUGAGUGUGCUUUGUGAGACUGCACACGUCCCUUCUCACCAACGCAUUAAAACACAUAUGAGUUCUGCCUCACUGUAUAUUGUUUUCUACAGUUCACUCAGGUUUGUGUUGACAGAUGAUUUCUCUUCAAUGAUUCUAGUUAAUACAUACUUAACGGCAUAUCCUAUGUCCACUCAAAGGAGUAUAAGGAUUGUCAUGGGUGUUGGGAAGUGUGUAAUGGAAGUGAUGAAGGACAUAGAUGCAUACGUCUUCAAUAUCUUAUCGCUGCUGUAAUUGUUGAUCGAGACAAAAUUCCUGAAAACAAAGGGGGGAACGGAAGAAAAUGUUUUAUUUAUUUAUUUAUUUUUGGUUUAUGGAACAAAACGAUUUAACAUUGCAAUCAUUAUGUAUUAAAAAAGAGUUUAUGUACAAUGUUUAACUGUUGCAAAAAUCUAGACUUCACCUAUACUCCUUUAGAAUGGAUUAAUGACAAUAUAAACGCAAUAUCAUAUUACUCUGUACUAAGGAAUGCAACUGCGCACAUGCACAGAAAAAAUGUUUUUAAUAAAGAAUAUAUGUAUAAAUAUAUGACAAACUAUAUUUAAUUAGAAUGCUAUGCACCCUUAUUAGAGUUGUUAUGGCUGUACUUUAAGUAUAUUAGUUAGAAUCCAGUAAUACGAACAUGCCCAUGUCAUGGGGAAUGUAGAGGCUUUGUAGCUAUUUGAACAUGUUUUCAUUUCCUUUUUUUAUUAUUAUUGUAACGGAGAGAGGAAAUACGAACAUUGAAUAUGUAUACAAGCCUUUUAUUCAGACUCAUUCUGAUAUGAAGAAAUGUAUAGACCAUUUACCCUGCACACCAGCUCAGAUCAUUUACAAAAGUUAAUAAAGAAAGAUGUGACAUAUUGUGA